AUGACCAAUGAUGCCGCGGCCGCGUCGACACCGACCAACGGUCACGUGACCAAUCCGCGACCUCGCCGUCUCCCCCGUCAACGAGCCUGGCGCGGCUCCCACCCCAUCCCGCGCCUGCCUUCGACCAGCCCCGAGCCCGAGCCGCCAAUGCGGUUGGGCUCGGCCUCGCCUCCCACCCCCGCGCGUGCCUCUGACAGCCCCAAGCCCCAGCCGCUGACGCGGUCAGGCUCGGCCUCUCGCCUCCCGCCCCCCUUCAACAGCACCAAGCCCGAGCCGCCAACGCGGUCAGGCUCGGUGUUGCCUCUGCCUCUGCCCCCGCCCCCACCUCCACCUAUGUAG